AUGCUGAUCUGCACCAGCACAGGUCUUAUCAUCCACCAGAGGAUCCACACAGGAGAGAAACCUUACAGAUGUUCUAAGUGUGAAAAAUCUUUUGCUGAUCGUUCAACAUGUGCAAAACAUUUGAGAAUUCACACGGGAGAGAAACCCUAUAAAUGCCCUGAGUGUGGGAAAUGUUUUUCCACAAAAGCAGAGGUGGUGAUUCACCAGAGAAUCCACACGGGAGAGAAACCCUAUAAAUGUACAGAGUGUGCAAAAUGUUUUGCUCAGCAUUCCCAACUCAAAAGCCACCAGAGGAUUCACACGGGGGAAAAACCCUAUCAGUGCUUGGACUGUGGGAAAAAUUUUGCUCACCAAUCCCCUUUUGUGAACCACCGAAGGUACCACACAGGUGAAAAGCCUUACAAAUGCUCCGAGUGUGAGAAGUGUUUUGUCGGACUCUCUGGACUUAGGAGCCAUCAAAGAGUUCAUACAGGAGAGAAACCCUACAAAUGUGUGGAGUGUGAAAAGUGUUUUGCUGCUCGAUCCAGUCUUGUCAGCCACCGGAGACUGCACACGGGAGAGAAACCCUUCCAGUGCCUAGAGUGUGGGAAAUGUUUCUCUGACAGCUCCACUUUUGUGAAACAUAAAAGAGUUCACUCUGGUGAGAAGCCCUACAGGUGUUCUCAGUGUGGGAAAUGUUUUGCUGGACACUCAGCUUAUGCACAACACUUGCGAGUCCACACAGGAGAUAAACCUUAUAAAUGCUUGGAGUGUGGGAAGUGUUUUCCAUAUAGUUCUGACCUUGUGCGACACAAAAGGGUCCACACGGGAGAGAAACCCUACAAAUGUUUGGAAUGUGGGAAAUGUUUUACCAACACCUCAGGUUAUGUCAAUCACCUCAGAGUCCACACAGGAGAGAAACCAUAUAAAUGUUUGGAGUGUGAUAAAUGUUUUGCUUAUUCUUCAGGAUUUACCACCCACCAGAGAAUUCACACUGGAGAGAAACCUUAUAAAUGCUCCAAAUGUAAGAGGUGUUUUGCUGACCGUUCAGCCUUUUCUAGACAUCUUAAAAUUCAUGAGCGGGAGAAAAAAUAG